UUUGUUUGUUGGAUAGUGAAAGAAGAUAUGAAGUUCAAUAAUAACCUAAUUAUUCUGCUCGCACUUUUAUGUGCUUCACUUUUUCUUGCUUCUGCUCUACCAGUUGAUGAGACUAAAGCAAAUGAAGGCCAACUAAAUGUUGAAAAACAAGGCCAUGGUGGCGGCCAUCAUGGCGGCGGCGGUCACAGAGGUGGCAGCCAUGGCGGUGGGGGCCAUGGAGGUGGCGGCCAUCGUGGUGGUGGAGGCCACGAAGGUGGUGGUCACGGCGGUGGAGGCCACGGAGGUGGUCAUCAUGGUGAUGGAGGCCACGGAAAAUGAAAUCAAUGUCCGUUAAACGAGAAACGUCAUAAUAUAAACAACUUUAGGUUAAACUACUCCAUGC